ACAGCCGGGGCCCGGGCGUCGGCGCGUCACUCGCUCCUAUAUAAGCGGACAGGAGCUGGAGGCAGGCAUCACACCUCUCCAGCCAGCACCCCAAAGCACAAGCAGCAGCCACCAUGAAGACUGUCCUGGUAUUCCUCCUUGUUAUUGUCGCUGUCGCCGUGGCGAUGCCCGGUUAUGGUUACGGCGGAGGCUACGGCGGAGGCUACGGCCAUGGAGGCUACGGCCAUGGAGGCUACGGCCAUGGAGGCUACGGAGGCCACCACCACGGAGGCUACGGACACGGCGGCUACGGACACGGCGGCUACGGGGGCCACCACCACCACCACCACGGUCACCACUACGGAUAAGAAGACUGCGUCUGCAAGCUGUGAUUCGACCUCAUCAUAAGACAGCAAGCAUCCGUUUAAACUAGUGCCGCUGUUCUGCCAGUACCUGUCACAAUCCAUACCGUUCAUUUACCAAAUACUUUGUAAUUUAUUUUAAUAAAUGUAGUUACGUAA